GUAAAUUAACGUUAACGUAAACUAACGGCCCAGACAAGAGACAAACACCCGGCCGGUGGAUAGGUUUCUUGAUGCUACACCUCUCAUGUGGAAGAAUUGGUUUCCAUAUCAGAUGCUAUCUCCAGUAACGUCUCCGGAGGCUCGUAACGCCUGCCACUGACACACUUACUUUUGUCACCAAGCGCCAUUAUUGUUUGUUUGUUUCUAGUGCCAGUGUUAGUUAGCUUAACGUUAUGCCGCUCACUGUGGGGAGAGAUGUCCUGCCGCCGACCAAAACAGUCAUUGUUUACAGGAACGGAGACGCUUUCUUCCCCGGGAAAAAAACAAUUGUGAAUCCCCGACAUGUGUCAACCUUUGACAACUUUUUGACCUUUCUGACUAAAUGGAUCGAGGCUCCGUUUGGCGCUGUGAGGAAGCUGUACACUCCCAGAGAGGGCCACAGAGUUCAGCAUCUGGAGGACCUGAAGCAUGGCAGUGUGUAUGUUGCAGCUGGAAACGAGCCGUUCAAACAGUUGGACUAUCGCGGCAUUACAACCAAGAAGCCCCCGAAAAAGAAAAAAGAACUGAUCCGACCUGUUGUCCACAGCAGAAUAGUAACUUCUUCUCGCUGGGGGAAAACUACAGAUGAGUCUUGCACUAUAAAUGUCUUCACCAACGGAGAAGUCUUGGUCCCUCCAGUUCGAAUACGGAUCCCAAAGUAUACUCUCAAAAGCUGGGAAAACGUUUUAGCCAUGGUGACAGAGAAAGUGCGUCUUCGCACUGGUGCUGUGUACAGGCUUUGCACGUUAUCUGGGCGUACUGUCAGCGGUCCCUCUGAACUGGAGAACAACCAGUACUACGUUGCAGUUGGUGCAGAAAAGUUUAAAUCUCUCCCGUAUGAUCACUAUGACUCCUGCAGGGAUUUAAACAAGGAAAACAUGCUCAAAGGCCAAGACAUCCUGCCUGCUGUAAAACAGACAAGACAUCCAAAAGAUGUGUUUGCUCACACAGGCUUUGGAGAGGACCUUGAGCACACAGCCAGGGGCCAGAUGAAGAAACAAGCCAAACCGGAGAGAACCAAACAACAGAGGCAGGUGUCCAGAAACCCAGUUCUCUUCUCGACAGGGGAGGGCAGCGUGUUCAAUGCACAAAACAAAAGAAGGGAGAUGGCAGGAGCGGCGGAGGUGCAGGAAGACGGCCAGCUGAAGGUGGACCUGCCUAUUGAUCAGGUUGAGGCCAAGAUAGUUGACGAAGAGUACGAGGAUGGGAGUUGUUCUGCGAGUCCCUGCAAGGCCUCCCUCCAUGAUUCAGACAGCUUGUUUCAGCAGAGGUCUUUGUCUGCAGGAUCCAGUGAGAAUGUGGAAAGGAACAGCCGACUCCUGGGCCAAAGACCUGUAUCUGUUCGAGCCAUCCACCCAACCUAAACAGACUGAGAACAAUGAAUGAACAACCUGCACCUUUUAACAGUCAAGCUAGUGUGGACAGACACUUAACAGAACAUGCCAACAUUUUCACAAGCAAAACUGGGUUCAGAUAUUGCUAGUCAGCACACCAGAUGCUAAAUUCAAUAAAAAUCACUUUUCAUGACACCUGAUGGUAUGAGCAGGACUUACAGACAAGUGAAUGGUAGAAGCAUGUUUUGAUAUCAAAGUGAAUUCAUACUGUUCACAGAUGUGCAUUUACAUUGUUUGCUAACUGCCAAGUCAUGGCUCACUCUGUUCUUAAUUAUGAUCUGUAACAGGGUUGGGCUGGGAGACUUUUUGGCUUGUAUUGAUCCAUGAUGAGGCUGGAACAGAGGCAGCAUGAACCUUAAUGACAACAACAUAUGUUUAAAGCUAGAAAUCUUGUCAAUGCAGUGUAAGAACUUCGUUUUCAAGACUCUCAUUUGUUCUCAAGUAUUAUCUUAGGAAAAAACUUAAGAA